UUUGGUUUGGAUUUUAAAAUUUUCAAUUUAGAGAUUUAAUGAAAAAUGAUUAAAAAAAAAUGUGCUAAAUUACAAAUGGCUUCUGCAGCCUAAUGGGCUUGAUUGGUGAAUUGCACGGGCCCAUUUGAUUACUCAUACGACGUCGGUUAAGCAGUUGGCUAGCUAGCAGUCUGUAGCUGGAAGUGGAAAGUGGCGAUGGGGAGUGGCAACAAAAGGAGCGAAUCAAUCUUUCGCGCCUAAAACAGUUUGAUAUUUUCUCUUCUCUCCUUGAAUCCGAUCAACGAAAAUCCAUCUAUGGUCAACUGCACCAGAUGCUAGAGGCUAGGGUUUUGAAUCAACAGGUCGAGUUUCCAAUUCCAAACGCCUAAACUUCGAUGAAGAGGAAAAGUUCUCAAAUUAACACCGAACAUCCAUCUCCGAUCCGUUCUUCAUUUCCAAGAGGUUUCAGUGGUGUUCAGGCUUCUAAAACUCGAUUCAAGUCUACAGAAUGUCGAAAUACCAAAGGGAUUGGCUGCAAAGAAAGCGUAAGAUUUACAGACCUUGAUAAUGAUGAAUUACAGGAAUCUACUUCAGUUCCUCUACAAAGAAAUUAUGCUCCAAGAUCUGAUGAUGACCCCAAAACAUCAGAAUAUGCUUUCUUUAAGAAAUUAAAGGAAGAUGCAAGUCAUAGGUUUCACUCCCACGCUCUGCAUCAAGAUAAAAACCGAUCCUCGAAUCUCAAACCAAAUGACUGUUUUAGAGAGACAGCUAACAUUGUUGAGAACAGCCAUAAGGAUAUCAAGUCCCCAGUGCUCCCUAAAAAUGUAACACCUAAGAAUUUCGUCUCAUUCCUUUCAUCACUCAGUAACGCAUCAAAGAAGUCAGGGCUACACAUGAUGAAGAGAGAUAGGACGACAAUGGUGAAUAUGCGCCUCACACCGGAAAAUGAGGAAUUUGGUGAUCAGUGCAAGAAUGCUGACAUCUUUUCUAGGAAAAGACAGAAACUACGUCAGUUGGUUGCAAAUACCUUAUUCUCUGAAGUCGAUGCACUCUCUAAGGGGUGUGAUUUUGUUUCUGUGCUGCUCAGUAAGCUGUUCCCUGAGAGCAACAAGGAUAUGAGUUUUGAGGAUCUAAAGACAGAGAAAUUGGAAAUUGAUUCAAAAACUUGGUCUCUUGCUUCUCCGGAGUCAGAUAUGCACUUGAAGAAAUCUAAUUGGAUGCCUACGAGGAGUUUUGUGGAUCUUGAAUGCGAGCCCUCGUUGGUUGGCUUUUCUUCUUGUUGGUCGGAAAUGCCAAGCAAGAGGGAGGGCCUAAAUUUCCAGUCUCUAAGCUGUCAUUCCCGCAGAACAUAUCUUGACAAGGCAACUAUGGAGCUUGACUAUGAAUUAGGAGAAAGAACUACCCCAAUUUUAUGCACUGACGGUGAUUCAACUAUUGACUUUCAUAUAAGAGAACAUGGAUCGCUUACAUCAAGGCAUCUUAAAGGAUUGGAGGAAUUCCAUUGUCCAAUUGAACCUUUGCUUGGAAGACAGUGCCGCUCCUUUCUCCUUGGUUAUGAUUAUGAUAACAUGAUAGAUAAAUGCAAAUUAUCUAUACCUUGUCAAAAUACGGAGCUGGCCUUGCAUCCCAUUCUGUCUAGCUCAUAUCGUGAUCAACAACAGGUGCUAGAUAACUGUUUAACUGCAGAAGGUUUAAAUUCUCUGUCUUCAUAUUGUCCUCUGAACCUGCCAUCACUUGAGUUCUCCCCUUCAGCUAGCAUCAGGAGCCAUAAAUGUAGAGAAUGUCUUCCUGAAGUUAAGGAUGAUGUAGUUGCAAUUAUUGACCGAUUUUCUUUAUCCUUAUCACACAUGGCAAACCAUCUGAAUCUAGAUGAAUGUUCUCCCUGUGACACCACAUGCAAAGAUAGCAUCUUGCUUUCUCCUCAAAAUCACCUUUGGUUUCUGGGACAGGUUCUGGAUGAGGAGCAUCGUUGUCUGGGUACAGAAGCCCUCUUUUCCCCUGGACUUGAUUUUUACUUAGUGCCAAAGCACAUAUCAGUAAGCAGUCCCUCAAGAGAGCAUUAUUCGCACACUUGGCACACUCCUGAAUUUCUCCAAAACAAGGGCAUGACUUCGCACUUUCUUAUUGGAGAUGAGAAUGCAAAUUGUUUAGAUAGUUCAAGUCACAGAAGACUCAUGAAUCAUGAAGAUAUGAUGGAUAUCCACGACAGAGCUUCCUUUUAUUUUCAGGUGUCUGUUGACAAAGAGAAGAAAUGUCCCUUACCACUUAGUGGAUCUGAAUCAGAAUUAUGUUUUGAUGCCCAAUAAAGUGGAAGUUUGAUGUUUCCCUUGUGUUUUAUUGGUCCUUUAUUUGAUAAUGAUUUCCUCUGGUGUGACAGGUAGCAAGUUUCUUCCAUGGAAUUUCAACAUUCUUAUAAGUUCUAGAGGGACGGCUUAAAUGUAUACAUUCAUUGCCAAACCUUCCAUCCAAUGCCUUGUAGGGAUCGUCAUGUAACGUUUAGCUACCAAUCUAAAUCACAUUGAUUCUUUGGGCGGCAAAUUGGAAGGACGAAAGAGGAAGUCUGGAGGCAAGGUCACAACCCUAGAAGCUGAAAUGGUUUCUAUUCUGCACUAGUAUGCACCAAAGCCAUAAAGAUCAAAUCAUUCUUGUCGGUUAGUGUGAGCUCGUCUCCAUAAAAAAAUUUAAGGUAAAUUUCAAUAGAACUUCUAUUUCUUGCGCCUACAAAAGGAAAACUUUGAACUUUGGAGUACCCUCCAUAAUGUUAACUCCAGUUCCGGUUAUUUGAGAAAUUUCCAAGGUCCCUGAGCUGCA